GUUUCAAGCCUUUACACGACUGAACUAGUGACUCUACGCAUGUAUCGAGUGUCGGUGGGAGGGAGAGAGGAGAAACCUUUGGACAUCCGAUAAGGGAUUGCAAGCGCUGUCGAGGGUGAGGCAUAAAUUGAGCCACCAUGACUGCCCUCAGGCAGAGGAAGGGCAGCAAAGGAAGUAAGGAGCCUGGUCCAGAGGUCCUGAACCAGAGGUUCUACCCUUCAGCAGAGCCCAUAGAGAGGACUUCAGACGGCGUAUGGACAUGGAGGACAGUGCUGUGGGUUGCCAUAGGUUGGACUGUGGGAAUUAGUCUUGGCAUGCUGUCCUGCAUCUAUGUGGCUACGCUCCAUGAAAAUGACCUGUGGUUUUCCAACAUUAAGGAAGUUGAGCGUGAAAUCUCCUUUCGGACAGAAUGUGGCCUGUACUACUCGUACUAUAAACAGAUGUUGAGAGCUCCCUCCAUACAGCAAGGUCUUUCAGAGCUCAUCAAUGAUAAUGCCACUGAAUCCAAGAGAACCAUCAACCUCCUGCGACGCAUGAACAUCUAUCAGGAGGUGUUCCUAGGUGUUCUCUAUAGGAUUCUACCCAUACAGGCCUACCUGGAGCCAGUGUAUUUCUAUAUCUACACAGUGUUUUCUCUCCAAGCGGUGUAUGUCAUAGCUCUGUUCAUCACCAGCUGGCUGCUCAGUGGUUCCUGGCUAGCAGGGGCUCUCACUGGAGUCUGGUACAUCCUCAACAGAGUGGACACAACGCGGGUGGAGUUCACCAUCUCGCUCAGGGAGAACUGGUCCCUGCCCUUCUUCGCCCUCCAGAUAGCUGCCAUCACUUGCUACCUGAGGCCUCACCUCAAACCCAUCCAGCAGAAGGUGGUGUUGUGGCUGAUGUUCCUGGCCACGUUGUGUUUCUGCCUCACCUGGCAGUUUAAUCAGUUCAUCCUGCUGGUUCAGGCUCUCAUCAUCUUCACCCUGGACUGUCUGGACCUCAUCUCCACAGAACAGGUGACCUGCCUGUACCUAGUCCAGGUAAGCAGCCUGCUCUCUGUGUGGCUGCUGCAGUUCUGUAACUCCAUGAUCCUAGGCUCUCUGGCUCUCAGCUUCAUUGUGGCUGCUCUCUUUGUCAAGCACUUCCAGAGAGGGCUGAAGACAGGUGGUCUCACAGCGCGGCUGGGAAAGCUGCUCCUUCACACCGUCCUCGUCCUUGCACUAACAUUCACUAUUAAUUAUUUAGCCAAGCAAGCGUUGCAGCUCCGAUCUGACGAACACAUCUUUAAAUUCAUCAAGUCCAAAUUUGGCUUGGGGCCUACCAGAGAUUUCGAUGCCAGUCUUUACCUGUGUGAGGAAGCCUUUGGGCUGCUUCCCUUGGACACGUUUGACCGCUUGGCUGGCACUCUGCUGGCAUACCCUUACCUCGUCACCCUGAUUGUGCUCCUGGUGAUGCUGGCGCUGUUAACACUGGCCAACCUCUGUGAUUCUUCAGCGGUCGGGCGGCCGCCAAAAGGCCGGUUCGAGGAGCGGCCGAUCUGUAUGCGGGCAGAUGUCGCCUACAAUCUGUUACACACCGUCUUCUUCGGCCUCCUGGCGCUCAGCACCAUGAGAAUGAAAUAUCUGUGGACUGGCCAUAUGUGUGCCUUUGCUGCCUAUGGCGUGUGUGGCAAGGAGCUGUGGUCCCUCUGCCUAAACACGAUCCACUGUAACACUAAAACAAAGCUGAGGCUGAUCAGGUACACGGUUCCACUUGCCAUUCUGGGAUUUCUAUGUUGCAAGUUCUGGCCCAAACUGAUGACGGAAGUAUCAGAACUGAGAGAAUUCUACGACCCUGACACUGUUGAGCUGAUGACCUGGAUUAGCUCAAAGACCCCCAAGAAGGCAGUGUUUGCUGGGAGCAUGCAGCUGCUGGCUGGGAUCAAACUGUGCACCGGGAGAGUCCUGACUAACCACCCACACUAUGAAGACCGAGCCCUGAGAGAGAGGACCAGACAGGUGUAUCAGAUCUACGCCCGGCAAUCCCCGGAGGAGGUCCACAGGAUCCUACGUGCGGCGGGGGCUGAUUUCGUGGUGAUGGAGGACAGCGUCUGCUACGAGAGGAGGCAUGGCCGGGGCUGCAGGCUCCGAGACCUGCUGGACCUGGCCAACGGACAUAUCAUGGAUGGCCCCGGGGACAACGACCCAGACUUGGUUCACGCCUCCCAUCCUCGCUUCUGUGAGUCCGUCAAGACAGGCGGCCCUGCCUACACAGCCCUCUUCUCCCGUGUGUUCCAAAACAAGACCUUCCACGUCUACAAGCUGAAGAAGGGCAAGAAGAGAGCCAAGGCAGACAGAGAGCCGGUGGCCAUGGAGGAUAAAACCCAGUAAUAAGACCCUGGGUUACCCCAUAAACAACGCCCCACCCACCCAUAUCCAGCCCGCCGCCCAGUCUCCGACUCAGCCUCCUGCUCCCUGCCAAGUCGAUAACCUGAUGACUGCUCUCCACUCCCUGCUCUCUGGUCUACCCGACUUCAUCUGGAACCAUGGCUGCACUCUCCCACCCGCCGCCCUCCCUCCUUCCAUCCCUCCGUGCGCCACGGCAGCCCGAGGCAGGUAAUCACGUCCGGCUGACACGGCGCUGAUUUGAGCAGCGUCUGAUUGCGGCGGGCGAGCAGAUGAGCACAUGCAUAUCAAACCAGGGCUUUGUGUCAGGAAGCUCAUGUGUAAACAGGAGAGGAGAGAUGACGGCGCAUCACAACAACAUUCACGGCUCCCUCUCGCUUUCACCCAGACUAAAGGCAGAGCAGAGAAGAAAGAGGAGAGGGACCUUUGAGAGGGGGCUGAUUGAAAGCUAGAGCAGUGUGGGUAAUUAUUGCGAAGGCCAGUCUGGUCUCUUUGGUGGCCGGGUCUGCAGCCUGACUGCACAGCUGCACCCUGUGCCAUUUUCCUUCAUUUUUAUUUUAAAAACCGUGCCAUGUCUCGUCUCCACUUGUUAAUGAGGACUCCUCUUUCGAUACUCUCUCACUCAAACACAAGGUUCUGCAUACUUUGUCAGUUGCGGUGCAUCAAGGGGAAGUGGCAUUCUCAUUGUAAUGCAUAACAGUCAUACCACUGUGAAGAGGAUUUUGCUCGUUCAUUCCGUUGCAUUGAAAUUGGAUGUUUAAUUUAGUUGGCUGAUAAUUUUUUGUUACAAGGGAGAAGUCAUUCCAUUAUGUUUUCCUAAUAAGUGCAUACUAAUGUAAUGUUGAGCAUUGACAUAGUUCAUUUUCAUAUUUAUUAAUAAUUCAGUUUAGAUGCAUUGGUCAUUUAAAGCAACAGUAUUUUAAUGGAAAUUAAAUGAGAAAAUGUUUAUUAACUGUGUGUAUUCCCUCAACUCAACACCCCAGAAUCAUACAGUAUUCUGUAGAAGGACUGCAUUGUGGGUAAACCAUGACCACUGGUCAAUGUUGAAUUAGGUGAAUGGUUAACCUAUUCAUGGUCACUUGUCUAUGGCUAACAUACAAAUCCAAGUAUUUAGAUUUUUUUUCACAUGUUGGUGCAUUACAAGAUGUUGGUGCAUUACAAGAUGUUGGUGCAUUACAAGAUGUUGGUGCAUUACAAGAUGUUGGUGCAUUACAAGAUGUUGGUGCAUUACAACAUGUUGGUGCAUUACAACAUGUUGGUGCAUUACAACAUGUUGGUGCAUUACAACAUGUUGGUGCAUUACAACAUGUUGGUGCAUUACAACAUGUUGGUGCAUUACAAGAUGUUGGUGCAUUACAACAUGUUGGUGCAUUACAACAUGUUGGUGCAUUACAAAAUGGGAUUGAAAUAGAUUUGUCAUUUUCUGUCAUUGAUUUACUUUUUUUUAUACUGAUUUUAAUAAAAAUUAAAUAACUAAAAUAUAGUUGUUGCAUAAGUAUUCACCCCCCUUUGUUUAGGCAAGCCUAAAUGAGUUCAGGAGUAACAUUUGGCUUAACAAAUCACUUAAGUUACAUGGACUCACUCUGUAUGAAAUAAUAGUAGUUGAUGUGAUUUUUAAUGACUACCCCUUCCUUUGUCCCCCCCCCUCCUCCUACGUACAACAUCUGUAAGGUCCCUCAGUCAAGUAUUGAAUUUCAAGCACCGAUUCAACUACAAAGACCAGAGGGGUGUACUACAAAGCAAGCUACAGUAGAUCUACAUAGGGUUUUCUAGAGCUAGCCAGCUUCAGUUACUUUCCCAUUCCAGCUCAGGCUUCCAUGCGACCUACGAUGGAGGAUAUUGCUCGUCCGUCUGCCGCUAACUCGAGCAGGCUUGUAACUGCGUUUGUAUGUGGCACGUGGCUAGUCAAAACACCAGACUUUUCAUUGAGACUGCGUUUGUAUGUCGCACGUGGCUAGUCAAAACACCAGACUUUUCAUUGAGACUGCGUUUGUAUGUCGCACGUGGCUAGUCAAAACACCAGACUUUUCAUUGAGACUGCGUUUGUAUGUCGCACGUGGCUAGUCAAAACACCAGACUUUUCAUUGAGACUGCGUUUGUAUGUGGCACGUGGCUAGUCAAAACACCAGACUUUUCAUUGAGACUGCGUUUGUAUGUCGCACGUGGCUAGUCAAAACACCAGACUUUUCAUUGAGACUGCGUUUGUAUGUCGCACGUGGCUAGUCAAAACACCAGACUUUUCAUUGAGACUGCGUUUGUAUGUCGCACGUGGCUAGUCAAAACACCAGACUUUUCAUUGAGACUGCGUUUGUAUGUCGCACGUGGCUAGUCAAAACACCAGACUUUUCAUUGAGACUGCGUUUGUAUGUCGCACGUGGCUAGUCAAAACACCAGACUUUUCAUUGAGACUGCGUUUGUAUGUCGCACGUGGCUAGUCAAAACACCAGACUUUUCAUUGAGACUGCGUUUGUAUGUCGCACGUGGCUAGUCAAAACACCAGACUUUUCAUUGAGACUGCGUUUGUAUGUCGCACGUGGCUAGUCAAAACACCAGACUUUUCAUUGAGACUGCGUUUGUAUGUCGCACGUGGCUAGUCAAAACACCAGACUUUUCAUUGAGACUGCGUUUGUAUGUCGCACGUGGCUAGUCAAAACACCAGACUUUUCAUUGAGACUGCGUUUGUAUGUCGCACGUGGCUAGUCAAAACACCAGAC